CUUCACAGGCAGCCCGCGGUGGAGAGCCACCAGUCCGAGUUAGUUGACCCGAGGCGACAAAACUCAACGACUGGCAUCCGCGCAGGAGAGGAGCGAAGAGCCGCGUUCACUUCACUCCAGUCCUCCUCAUCCACACUGCCCCGUGCACGACAGGAUGAACGCAUUGUGGAGGUUUGGAAAUUUUGGACAGCAGCGCGCAGUGGAAAACAGGAUUUAGUGGAGAAAUUGGCUUUCGCAACGGCGGUGCCCGAGCCGAGGACUCUCGCUGUCAAGUCUUAAGGGGGAUUUCUGACUUUUUUCCUCCACUGUUGAUAAACUGCUCCGUGAAGCGCGAGGAAUUACGGAUUUUAAAGUAGUCUUGUGGAGUUUUAUGAAGUUUACAGGAUAAUAACGGCAGUUUCUCUCGUUCUGAAAGCUUGGUGACAUCUAAAAGGCUGAGAUUUGCUGUCAGAACGGGAUACUUUGGGUUAGCAGCGGGGAGUCGUUGGAUAGUUUCUUGCGGCGUUGGAGGCCGCCCUUCUGUUGGACAGUAUGCGAACGGAGGAUGUUGUCUGAGUCUGAGUCGGGCCUUGCUGCUCUCACCUCGUCGUCCAGAGGAAUGACUGCUCUGUGGUGCUCACUCUGGUUUUCCUUCCUCCUGCCUCUCUGCGUCACUCCAGCCAGGCUGCCCACUGCUCAGCCCACAGACUCUGUGUCCAGCGAGACAGCCUUCCUGGAGGAAUAUGUUCUGGGCACGGGGGACACCCUGGAAAUAUCAUGUGACCAGGAAGACCACCCAAAACCCAUUGUCUGGUUCAAAGAUGGCGCAGGGCUGGUGCCUAGCAACCGGACACGGCUGGGCCAGAGGAUGCUGCGCAUCAUCAACGUGUCAUACGAAGACUCGGGCAUCUACUCGUGCCGGCAUAAUCACAGCAACAUGCUGCUCAGCAACUACACUGUCCGGGUGACAGAUUCUUUGUCGUCUGGUGAUGAUGAAGAUUAUGAUGAAGAUCCAGAAGAUGCAGAACCUCCAUAUUGGACUAGGCCUGACCGGAUGGACAAGAAGCUCUUGGCCGUUCCAGCCGCCAAUACCGUCAAGUUCCGCUGUGCUGCAGCCGGAAACCCAACGCCGACCAUCCGCUGGCUGAAGAACGAAGAAUUCAAGGGAGAGCAAAGGAUGGGAGGCAUCAAGUUGAGACACCAGCAAUGGAGUCUGGUGAUGGAGAGUGCCGUGCCGUCAGACCGCGGAAACUACACCUGUGUGGUGCAGAACAAUUACGGCACCAUCACCCACACCUACCAGCUGGAUGUGCUAGAGCGUUCCCCUCACAGGCCUAUCCUCCAGGCAGGCCUGCCAGCCAAUCAGACGGUGGUGGUGGGCAGCGACGUGGAGUUUCAUUGUAAGGUGUACAGCGACGCCCAGCCGCAUAUCCAGUGGCUGAAACACAUCGAGGUCAACGGCAGCCGCUAUGGCCCCGACGGCGUCCCCUAUGUCAACAUCCUGAAGACGGCUGGUAUUAACACUACAGAUAAGGAGCUAGAGGUUCUCUUCUUGACCAAUGUGUCUUUUGAGGAUGCGGGCGAGUACACUUGUCUGGCAGGGAACUCUAUCGGUUAUGCUUACCACUCUGCCUGGCUGACAGUGCUUCCAGCAGUGAGCCCGGAGAAGGAAGACUACUACGCCGACAUACUCAUCUAUGUUACGGGCUGUGUGCUCUUCAUCCUCGCCGUGGUCAUCGUUGUCCUUUGUCGCAUGAGAAUGACCACGCAGAAGACGCUGCCCACACCGCCUGUGCAAAAACUAUCAAAGUUCCCCCUCAAGAGACAGCAGGUAUCCUUGGAUUCAAACUCCUCCAUGAACUCCAACACCCCAUUGGUCAGGAUUGCGCGCCUGUCAUCUAGCGAUGGACCGAUGCUGGCCAACGUCUCGGAGCUGGAACUGCCCUCCGACCCCAAAUGGGAGUUUCCUCGAACACGGCUGACUCUGGGUAAACCUCUGGGCGAGGGCUGCUUCGGUCAGGUGGUGAUGGCCGAGGCCAUCGGCAUCGACAAGGAGAAGCCCAACAAGCCACUCACUGUUGCUGUGAAAAUGUUGAAAGAUGACGCCACAGAUAAAGAUUUGUCAGACCUGGUGUCAGAGAUGGAGAUGAUGAAGAUGAUUGGAAAACACAAAAACAUUAUCAACCUGCUCGGAGCGUGCACGCAGGACGGUCCUCUCUACGUCCUGGUGGAAUAUGCCUCUAAAGGCAACCUUAGGGAGUACCUGCGAGCGCGGCGGCCCCCGGGCAUGGACUACUCCUUUGACACCUGUAAAAUACCCGACGAGCAGCUCACCUUCAAAGACUUGGUGUCCUGCGCCUACCAGGUCGCCCGCGGCAUGGAGUACCUCGCCUCGCAGAAGUGUAUCCACAGAGACCUGGCAGCCAGAAACGUCCUUGUGACGGAGGACAACAUUAUGAAGAUCGCCGAUUUUGGUCUCGCCAGAGACGUGCACAAUAUAGACUACUACAAAAAGACCACAAACGGUCGUCUGCCCGUGAAAUGGAUGGCUCCGGAGGCUCUGUUCGACCGGGUCUACACGCACCAGAGCGAUGUAUGGUCCUAUGGGGUGUUGUUGUGGGAGAUCUUCACCCUGGGGGGCUCACCGUACCCAGGGAUCCCAGUAGAAGAACUCUUUAAGCUGCUGAAGGAGGGACAUCGGAUGGACAAACCUGCCAACUGCACCCAUGAACUGUAUAUGAUCAUGAGGGAGUGCUGGCAUGCAGUGCCGUCACAGAGACCAACCUUCAGACAGCUGGUAGAAGAUCACGACCGGGUUUUAUCAAUGACCUCCACCGAUGAGUACCUGGACCUGGCGGUGCCCUUCGAGCAGUACUCGCCCACCUGUCAGGACUCCAACAGCACCUGCUCCUCAGGAGACGACUCAGUUUUUGCCCACGACCCGUUGCCUGACGAGCCCUGUCUUCCCAAACAGCUUCCCAGUAACGGGGUGAUUAGGACAUAAAACCUGAGCUGGGAGGUGGGGGGGGGGUUGGACUUUAACCUCCUCUCACAGUUUGUGACUAACAAACACCUCUCAGUGACUCACGCUCCUCAAGAUAUGGAAAUGAAAACUCUGCAUGCAAUACUUCCACAGUGCUUCAGCUCUUCGAUUGGUCUUAAACUCUUUGUCGAAAAUCCUCUGAGUUUCUUUCCUCCCCCUCCUCCUCCUCCCCAAGACACUCUUGAAACAUUGAAGGAUUAUUUUUCGCCAUGUUUGUGUUCUUCUUUUCAGAAAUGAAAUUAUAUUUUUGUACUCGGGCCAGUCUUUUGUUACAGACAAUCUGUGGGUUGAAACCAUUCCGUGCCUACUGGGAUAAAAAAACCUCCGGAGACUAAAAAAGAGAGACAAAAAGGAUAUAAGAGGAGGGAAUGAAGGGCAUUGGUCAGUGACUGGCUGGUGAUCUACUAGGCGAGGAUCUCAGAUUUUUUUUCCUGUCCUCUGCGUGGAGACCUCAGAUCACGAGUUCGCGAUCUUAAAGAAAAUCCGUUGACAAGAAACCAGCAAAGCCAGAAUCGACUCGAUGAUGGUACUCGUUCUUCAGAAGACACUCAAUAACUUGUCUCAGCUUUUACAGAAGACGUUCAACAACAGAGAGGAUUACAUGAGCAUAUAAAUUUUUUUCUCAUGGAUUUGUACGCCAUCGUCACAUUUAAGUAUCCCGAAAAACAGUUUUGUGAUAAUCAUGGAACAAAUUCCUCACCAAAAGUGAGGCAAAGUUUCAGGGCCCUUCAGUAGUUAGUAAAGUAAGGUUCAGAGUUUUUUUUAUGUAUCUAGAAAAUGAUUUAUUGUAAAUAUAUAAAUGCAAAUAUGUAUCAUAUUGCUGUUCACAGCCAUGUACUUAAAAGACAAAAAAUUACAUUUUUUAAAGUAUUGUUUUAGGAUGGAAGAAUUGCAAUCUAGAAGACACUGUCAUGAAAGUGUAAAUCAUUUAAUCAUUGAUACAGAAAAGGUUUAUUUGAAUAAUUAACGUGUAUAUUUGUAAAGAUAUUUAUAGACUUAACAUGUGGUUCUUAAGUUCGAAAGGUCUAGUUUAGGAUUUUAGUACUGUACGCAAAGAUUUUUAUUUUAAUUUUUUUUGUAACUUAUUUUACAACAGAACUGCAACGUUAUUUUUCACAACUGGCAGGCUCCUCUGGUUUUUGAUCCAUCUUUUUUUGUUUACAGUUUUAAAAAAAAAGAAUGUAUGACAGACACGAAGAUGAUUUUUGAGAGCGAGUGUGAUUCAACCGCCAGAGCCGGACUCAAGAACUGAAGGCUCCUGCCGAAAAGAGCUGGAUGUUUCCGCUGAUUUCAAAUUCAGGUUUGAAAAGUUGACGUUUGCAAUAUCAAAGCAACGAUUAACUCUUGCUGGGCAAGAAAUAGCAGCGCAUCGAGAUAUGUACCAGAGAGGCCUUUUAGUAUGACUGAAGUACUUAAAGACAUAUUGAACAACAACUAGCUGUGAAUCAUAAAAAGCCUUCAGAAAACCUCAGCAGCCUGUUUAAGGAACAAUCCUCCUACUGAUGCUGUUUCACUGUUCAAUCAGUAAUGUGCAAUCCAUUCCAGGAUGGAUUGGUAGCUUGUUUGCUACCUAGUGUAAAAAUAACAAAUCCCACAAUGCAAUGCUUCCCCUUUACUCUUGUCUAAAUAAGAGUUUAUGCAAAACCACACCUGUCAGCAGCAAUGCUAGAUGAUUGAAUAACAAAACCAUCAGAUAUGAGAAUAGUCAAUCUGUGGACAAGUGAGCAAUUUCAGACACUACUUAAGUGAUGAACUACAUUUCUUUUCAGCAGUUAUCAAAGAAUGUACUUGAACUUGUGGCAUUCAGAAAAAUGUGAAAACAUGCAAGCUAGUUCAGCAAGCUCUCGCUCCUUAAUUCUGAGCCCUAACAACAAAUCUGACAUUUAGCAAUGGCAAAACGACCCAGCAAUUCAAAGUAUUAGGUAAUUUUUGAACAGUGUUAAUGCAGUUAUAGGUGGAUUUUUUCUUGUAAAGGUCUCUCUGAAGGCUUCAAACUCUUAUAUUAUAACAGAAAGGUCACAGGGCCGGUGCUUACAAGCUGCAUGCAGUGUCAAAGUGCGUUUGAGCAAGACACUCAUGGAUACAAACAUGCAGAAAUGUGAAGCUGUUAUGUUCUUUUGUGCUUGAGUGUUACUAAAAAGCCUGGCCAGAUGCUUGAGUUUUUAUCGCUGCUCUAUAGUAUUAAUACUGAAAUGAAGGCAUGCUGUGUGACAAACAGAUCACACAGCAAAAAAGAAAAAUAUAUACAGUAAAUAUGUUGGUUUGUUAAAGAAGACUCUGAAGUCUGUGGCUGAUCCUUCUUCAAGCUUAGUUUGCUUAAAAAAGUGCCAAAUUAGUCUUAAAAGUCUAUCUCUUCAGAUCUCUGAACCAAAUACUGCACUGUCGAAUGUAGGCGGGUGGAGGUUACAUGUGCAGGGAAGGAUCAUGGGAUUGCCAAAUGGAUAUCUCCCUUUUUUUAUGCAGUAGUCUCUCUAGCUGACCCCAAAAAAGCGCAAGGGUUGAAAUGUUUACAGAGUCUGUUUUUAGCGAAGUCACAAAAGGGAAAACAGCAUUCGAGUGGCAAUGAAGGGUUCAGAAACAUGAUUCACUCGCUGCUAAAUGGAAACGGUGGUAACGAUUUACUGUGCAAGGGCCUUGUUCCAGUGUGUGAACUGAAUUUAAGUAGAUACAUUUUUGUAAUUACCCAACAAGACCGUGUGAGUACUUAAUGAAAUCUCCCCCAAUUUAAAGUACUUAAAAUAGUAAAUUUUUAUAUUUAAUUCUAUUACUGCACUGGGAGAUUUCUAUGUUUUUAGCACCAAAUUAUGUACUUUUUCAUUGGUUUAUGCACAGAAACAAGGCCUUUGUAAAGUGGAAGGUUGCACACUAUUGUUUUUUCUGUUUUCAGUACGGUUUUGCAGUUUUGGCCCAAAUCUAUGAAGUGCCUGGAAUAAUUUAGUAAACAAAAAGGAGAUUAAUUGAAUCAUUCUGAUCAUGUUUUGAAUGUAUAAUAGCAAAAAAAAAACGUAACUGAAAUAAAAAAGCAGUUCUUACUAGAAGCAGGCUAUGUAAAUAUUAGCCUCAACAUUGUCUUUAUUUUUCUUUUAUUUGAACAAGACAAAAAGGAGCUUGUGUAAAGAUUGGAUGGAUCUAAUGAAACGGAUGGUGUUUUCUUUUAUUUAUUCUUCCAUGCUGGGUAAAAGCUUUCCCUAUGGUGAGAGUGUUUUUAUUCAUAUCGAUCUGCUUUUCAGUGUUGUUUCUCAUUAAAGAGCCAGAAGAUGAUGAUACUGAUGAUGAUGAUGAUGUAGUCAUUUUACUAUAUAGGCUACUGAUGCCCCCCAUCAGGCUUUGCUCCUGGUUUAAUUUAGCCUUUCCCUUCCUUUUUUCUGUAUCCUUGUCAAGCAAGCAUGGUUUUACUGUGAUGCUGACAGCACCUGUUUUUCUGUAGGAUUUUUAAAGAGUAUGUGUUGUUUUUAACAUGUGUCUUGUUUAAGGCAACAAAAGUAAAGUUACUGCAUGUUCCAAAAUGCUGAGAUCCAUAAUACACAUAUAAAUAAAUAAAUAAUUAGGCUACUAGUUAUAGAAAAGGACACUCCUCAUAUCGUUUUCGAUUCAACACGCUUUCUUGCAUUUUAAAGUACUACCGUGAUAGAUUUCUGUACAUCCAUGGGUACAUUGCAAACAAGAACUGUUGAUAGCUAAUUCUAUUCCUUUUAAAAGUGUUAAUUUGUAAAUAAAUAACAAUAAAAAAACUUAAAGCUUCUGGGUGGGCGUUUCCCAUUUGUGGGCCACCGUUGCUAUUGUCAAUUACCGUACGCGCCAUUGUCCUGUAUCCUUCAAGCGUUGAUGCAAGACAAAGCAAGCCCACAUCGUGCUGGUUAUACUGUAUAUCAUUAGUUAUUUAAGACGUGUCCCUUUACAACAUUAAACACUGGGAGGACCCAUUACGCUAUGCUGUUAAGUUUGUUUUUCAUUCACAAAGUGGAAGAUAGCAAGUACGGCUAACUUGCCUCCAUUUGGAAAGUAGAAGCUAAUUAGCCUAGCUUGCUAACACUAAUCCUGAUUCCCUCUAGACGUUACUUUUGGUUCAUGUUAUUUCAACACCUCAUCAAAACUGGAGAUAAAUACAUUUAAUUGGACAACAACGAGACAGGAUACAGGAGUUACAUUUGAGAAAAUGUGAUAGUUAUAAUAAUGUGUCCUUUUAAUUUUGAUGCUGCUUAACCACUACAAACAAAAUCAAAUAUCUUAAAUAUCAGUGGGCAGUUUUGAUGUCCCAUAAUGGUUUAAAUUCAGUUUUUUUAUCGUGACACGAAUAACAAAAUCCUAACUUCAAAUUUAACAGUGUUUGUAUCAGCAAAUAUAUAUUCAGUUCUAUUGCAACAAUAUCAGUAUUAGCCUCGAAAAACAUGCGUUGUUCAACAGACAGAUGUUAAAAACAAUUUAAAAAACAACAUUAUUUUAAGAGUGAACAUGUUUCCUUUACUAUUGAAUGAAUAAACACCACGGCCACAGCAGGGAGAGACUCUUACUGUAUGUACAGUCACACAUCUGCCUUUAACCACCUGUCGUCUCCACUCUGACUGACUUAUUUAUUCUCUUUCUGUUCAACAAGAAGUGAAAUCAGGAUUGAAGAUGAAACUGGAAGGAAAGAGGUAUACCUUGACUGAGGUGUCGGAGAUACACCUUUCCUUCCAGAGAUAUCAAAACGAUACAUUCUUCUCAUGUUGUUUUUAUUUUAUUUUCCAAGUUGGAAUGGACAUUUUUCACACAGCUCUCCUCUGUUUUUCAUCCCAUUUUUAAUUUCAUCAUGCAGCUCUAACCUGACAAUGUUAGUCCAGAUUAAUUUAGAGUUUGAAAUAUGCUUUUACGUUGCUGAUGUACAUGAGUAGAGUUUUAUGUAGCUAUGUGAGCUAUUUUGUAAGAAUCUUAGAGAGGAAAUGAUUUUCAUAUACAUUUUAUUUUAUUUCCGUUACGUCACAUUUCAUUUUGCAUUCCACAUCAAGUUUAUUUUACAACUAGUGAGACAAAAUCAUGUUUGUCCUUUGAUUUUUUUUUCCAAUCCCAUAUAAUUUAUUUCGCCUCCCUCUGUAUUCAUGUUUCUAACAUAGAAAGGUGGAACUAACUAUUUGGCAUUAUGUGAUUUUUUUUUUGUUAUUUUUAAAUCAUAGCAUGUUUGUUGCAAUGUACCUGUUUUGAACAUGAUGAAUCCUCUGUAACAUUCCACCACAACAGCCCCUCUGGGUAAACAUCUCCCACUGGGAAAAAACAACUAUUUCACAACUCUCUCUUUCUCUUUCUCAGUCUCACUCUCUCUCGCGCGCUCUCUCUCUCUCUCUCUCUCUCCGUGCCUGACAAACUAUGCUGUCAAAAAAGGUUUUCAAUAAACAUGUUAUAAUAGCG